AUGACUGAACAUAUUGAUGGUAGUCGUUUAAAUCAAGAUCUUCGUUAUCGUUUUGAAUAUAUAUCAAAAUUUAUAAAUUUUACAAAUGAUGAUAUUAAAGCAUUGAAUACAUUAGCAACAAUAGCUCUCCCACUUAUUCCGGUUAUUGUAGAUGCUGUAUAUAGAAAAUUAUUUCAAUUUGAUAUAACAAUACAAUUUUUUGUUUUGCGUAAGGAUGGUUUUGAUGGUCUACCAAAAAAUAAUCAAUCACUUGCAUUAGAUUCACCACAAAUGAUAUAUCGUCGAGACAUGUUAAGUGAUUUUUUAAAACGUUUAUUAUUACAACGUGAAUGGACGGAUGAUUUUCUUCAAUAUCUUUCUCGAAUAGGUCAAAUGCAUACAAAUAAAAUUGAAUCAGGUUCAAUUAAUGUUGAUUAUAUACAUUUGAAUGCAACAUUAACUUAUAUUGAAACAUUGAUUAUUGAUUCUGUUUGGACAAUUGAAACAAUUGAUAAUAAAACAAAAAAAGAAAUAAUAAUAGCAAUUAAUAAAGCAUUUAGAAUUCAAAAUGAUUUAUUUGUUUUACAUUAUCUUGAAUCAACAUCAAAAGAAACAAAUCCAUCAAUAUCUUCAACGCAUCACAAAACAAAUAAAUGUAUUUCUAGUUAA